AUGCUACCAAGACAUACCUCGCAUCCAAUCCUCAACAGACUUCUGUUCAUCAAAGGACAACGUGGCCCGAAACUGAUCUUCGAUGGAUAUUCUUUCAACAGAAACAAAGGCCACGGUCAAGCCACCUACUGGCGUUGUACGAAACAUCAAUCGCUCAGCUGCAAAGCCAAAUUGGUUACCACAAAUCUUGGCAAAAAGAUUUCCAUCGGUACUCCGGUUCACUGUCACAAGGCUGAUUACGAUUUCAAACAUUACUUUAGGGAACUGGAACCGGUUGCCACAAAGAAGCCCACUACCAUAACCCUGGGCAACCAAGAGUUGGAUUUCGUGCCCGGUCAACGUGGUACCAGUUUGCUCUGGAUCAACAACUAUUGCUACGCCAGAAAUAACAAAUCACAAAACUCUACCUACUGGGUGUGCCGUACCAGAGUGCAGCAUCGGCCGUGCAAUGCCCGAGUCGUUACCACGCUGAAAAGCAACGGACUGUAUCGGAUUUUGAUCACCAAUCCGGUGCACAUCCACGAGCCGAACAAAUCCAGUGCCUAUAGAAGAGUUGAGCAGGUCAGGAGGAGACCCAAGCUGGUGGCACCGAAGCCGGUACUGGAGGAAAUUUUCACUUUCACGUUUGAUUCGGACUAG